AUUCAGUGUGGCUGCGGCCGCAGCCUACGGAGCUGUAUCGCGCCUCGUUUCCUCUGCUCGCCCUCGCGGCGCAGAUCGCGGGGAUACGAAGUCAACUUAGCAGACUGUUCGGUUCGAACAAGAAUUGGAAUUUGGGACUUUACCGGGUGGAUUACAAGCGUCAGGUUUCACAGGAGGCCAAGCUUUUGGAGGCAACCAAGGGAAGGAGCCUCUCUGGUGUAAAGAUGACCAAUACCAAUAUGUCCCUGUGGAGCUGUGUCUCCACCAUGUCUCCAGAGCAGUUCAACGGCUUGUAUGAAGGAUUUCCUCAUACUCUACGUUGCCUCCUAGGGGAGUGGCUGGAAAGUGAGCCAUGGGAAUUCAUCAACAGAUCAGACUCUUUCUGCACUCUUCUGGCUGGAAAACUGCUGUCUGCCAUGGUGGAGAAGAUACAAGAUCUUGCCAACAAGAACUGCAAUUCUGCUGCUCAGAUUCUUCAGUUUGUUGCUAACAUUGAGAGCAGAUAUCGGAAAGAUCCACUGCAACUGGCAAGCGUUAUAAAAAGGAUCUUAGAAGCAGAGCGAACAGCAGUUCAACAGCAGCAUCAACGUGUUCCCCUUGUAAUUGAACGUCAACGGGAAGAACUGAUGUUUAGAUUCAGCCUACAGAAGCUGCAAUACAGACUUCAGGAGAUUCAGACUCUCUGGGAGAGCUUACAGCAGAUGAAGGGCAACACCAGAGCUCCUCAGCAGCAAAACUCACUGGACUGUCAAUUUCCAGCACAAGAGAACCUGCAAGCAAGUUCUCUUCAAAGCCUUCAAGGACUGUUCAUGAAAAUGGACAGUGAGCUAGAAGAGGCCAAGAAGUUGGUCCUGGUGAGACUUCUGAUUUGGAAGAGGGAGCAGCAAUUGGCUGGGAAUGGAAGUCCAUUUGAUGGGGACUUGUCCCCACUGCAGAAGAGGUUGGAAUGCCUAGUAGAUAUUUGCUUCCAGUUCCGCCAGCAGUUGAUCACAUCUGGAAUUGAGCAUCAGUCUCCUAUUCGAGAACAUCUUGAUGAUACCUUCAAAACUCUUAUCCAAAACUCCUUCUUGGUGGAAAAACAGCCGCCCCAAGUUCUAAAGACCCAGACCAAAUUUCAAGCCAGUGUCUGCUUCCUGCUGGGACCUCAUUUACUCAAGCACCUGCCAACCUCAUUUCUGGUCACAGCUGACAUUGUGACAGAGAAACAGGCCCGGGAACUGACUGCCAACCAUUCUGCCUCUGUCUUCAGUGAAAGCACGGGAGAGAUUGUAAACAACACGGCAUCGCUGGAUACAAAUGCCUCCAACAAUUCUUGUGGUGCUCACUUCAAAAAUUUGCUCCUCAAAAAGAUCAAGCGUUGUGACCGCAAGAGCACAGAAUCUGUAACGGAAGAGAAAUGUGCUGUCCUCUUCAGUACCAACAUUUGCCUUGGCCCCAACAAAACCAACUUCCACCUACAGGCUCUAUCACUGCCCGUUGUGGUGAUUGUCCAUGGAAAUCAGGACAACAAUGCCAAAGCUACCAUCUUAUGGGACAAUGCUUUUGCUGCUACUGAUCGCAUUCCUUUUGUGGUGGCUGAGCGUGUUAGCUGGAAGGCAAUGUGUGAGACUCUCAACCAGAAGUUCCUUGCUGAGGUGCAGACCAUGAAAGGUCUACUCAAGGAGCAUUAUUUCUUCUUGGCCCAGAAGAUCUUUGGUGACAACAUCACCAGUCUAGAAGAACUCCAGAGAUGUCAAGUGUCUUGGUCCCAGUUCAAUAAGGAGAUGCUUCCUGGUAGAGGAUUCACAUUUUGGCAGUGGUUUGAAGGCAUUCUUGACCUCACCAAGAAAUACCUGAAGAACUACUGGUCUGACAGACUGAUCAUGGGCUUUGUCAGCAAGCAAUACGUUUUCAAUUACCUGAGCAAUGCACCAGCUGGGACUUUCCUGCUACGUUUCAGUGACUCUGAAAUUGGGGGCAUCAGCAUAGCUUAUGUCACCUCCCUCCAAGAUGGUUCCAUGCAGGUGGAGAAUAUCCAGCCAUUCACAGCAAAGCAAUUGUCCAUUCGUUCACUGGCUGACUGUGUUCUGGACCUCCCUCAGCUCCAUGUGCUUUAUCCCAACAGGCCCAAACAUGAGGCUUUCAGGAGGGACUACAACACAGAGACACGAAAGAAUACCAGCAGUUACGUCCCAGCCAGGUUAACGAUAACUGUAGACACACCCUGUGCAUUCCCUACAUCAGUUCAGAAACCAGUUGACUCUCUGGGCAGUUCUAAUGUGAAUCUUGCAGUCCAGUCUGAUUCAACCUAUCUUGACCCACCAGUGAUGGUUCCAUCAUCUAUAGGAACAUCUGUAGCCAGCAGCACAACACAUGGAAGCUCACCAUUACCACUUGAAUUAAUGACUUGCUCGUAUCCUUUGGAAGAUGCUUCACCCCUUGGUCCAAUGGAUUCAUACCCCAUGUGCCAGGAUGUAGAGAUGCCAGACCUCUGUAUGCCCAGUGAGAACACCAUAACAUACCCAGAGAAUCUUCAGUUCCAUGUGCUGGCAAACCCAUUAAGUGAGACUGAGACCAUUUCCCCACCUUCCAUUGAAGAAUUUGAAAAGCUUCUGCAUCCAGACCAAGACCUGUUUCACUUUUGUCAGAAUCCAGUGUGACCUAUUUUUAUAUGCUUGUCAUCUCUCUCUAAUGCCUUGGAGAUACUUUAAUGGACCUUUUAUGUACUUAUCCCUAUCAAGCCUAGACAUAAAGUGAUGGCUGGUAACGCUGAGGUCUUAUUGGAUACAGAAAACUACUCCCUGGUCCAUCUGCAUAUCUUACUUCAUCCUGUUAGAUCCUCGCAAGCUCUUCUGAAUCAAGACUGGUGUCAGUUGUGGGCUUAAGUCAGCUCUGUUGGGGACUCUCCAUCCACACUGUCAGCACAGCCAAUAGAGCAGAGUGACUCCCACUCACUCGUCUCCUUUGCUGAGAAGUGUCGGGGGGGGGGGGGGGGACAGACAUGGUCCACAAGCACCUCUGCCUGCUUUAGUGCUUACCCGUGUUACCUCCGGAUCGCAAGGAAGAGUUGGUUUUUCAAUUACAGUACAUUAGAUUGACUUUUAUCAGUACCAGCAGCCAAGAGAGAAGAUAUUUCAUCAGGAACUUCAGAAAAAAAUAUUUGUUCAAUCCGUUUAGGCAAAAUCUUUGUUGGGCUGCUCAUUCUUUCAUGUUUUCGUGUGGGACAGCUGGGCAUGUGAAAAUAUUCCAAUCGAAUCUUCUCCAUUAUUUUUCAUUUCUGCUUUGAAAGAGGAGACGCCAUUAUUCCCUCUCAGAAUUUGAAGAUCCACGGAGCCGAUCUCUAUAUCAAACAGAAUUGUUAGGCAGAGUGAGGUGACCUCAGGCCAAAAAAAAAAAACGAAAGCAGUGGUGGGGAGGUGUUGAGUAUCACAUGGCCUGUCUUGCACAUUUGCCAAGCUAGCCUACUGCCUUGGUUGUGGUGGCAGACGCAAUCUUCUCACCAAGUUUUUGUCAAUAGGUUGUGGGGAGAGGUAGGAUUCAAUUUUCACCUGAACAGCUGCAACAUGUUCUGGGCCAGCUUCGCAAACUUGCAGUUCCUCUAAGCUAGGUGGAGCCUCGAUUCUCUACCAAAUACGUAUUUUUCCUGAUCCAGAGUGAAUUUUGGGCUGUUGAGAUGUGGACUGAACACCUGAGCCAUUUUUCCUGGGUGGGAUAAUAUAAAAUUCAGAUUUCCCCUAUAUCAUCAGCUGGCACAGCCCAACCUUUUCUACUAGAUUUCCUGUUGUACAGGCUCUAUUCUCAUUUGCCAAGAUCUGGUAAAAGGUGCAAUUUAAAAUAGCCCAUAAAAUAAGACUUUAUUCCAAAGUAACAAAAUAAAUAAUCUACUGUACACAUUACAAAGGAAGAUGCUAGUUUUCCUAUGAAGACACAAAGGCUGUAGGGUAGGAAGUGGGGACUUGACCUCAGAGCAAUUGAGUAUUAAUGUUAUCUCAGCAGGAGUUCAACGUUUACCUGGACAAUGUGUUUUGCAAGCCAAAGUUUAUACCAGCCAAUGUUGCUUUCAGACUGCUUUGAAGGAGAUUAAGUUAGUAUUAUUCCACCUUUAUCUCAUACCAUGGUUAUGCCAUAAUUAUGAGUAAAGGAGAAUGAAUGUGUUUUUCUCUGGGAAAGUACAAUCCCUGAAGGGGAAACUGCUUCCUCUCCUGUCCCAGAGCCAGAUGAGGGUAGAAUUUCCUUCCUUCUUAAGGUCUUCUCAAUUUCAGCAUCUCUCCUAUCCUCCAUUCACUUCUUUGGUAGGAAGGGGACUAUGCCAUUGAGGAAGACUUGAGUUAGGAAGUGCUCUCCACUCCCCUACAAAUAACAGAACAAAUGAAAAAGUUAAUAUUCCCUUAGAGCAGCAAAUUGAAUUACAAUUUGACCCUGUUGCACAUGUGUUUUAUUAAGGGCACCAUAUCCAACUUCUUCCACUCAAGAGGUGGUAACUCCAAAAAUAUCUGUUCUGAUUCCCAUUUAAAACCUCAGCAAACACAGCAGUUACUAUACACCAAACCAUUGGUGGUCAGACAUGAACCUGAAACUAGUAAGGGAUAUUCACCCGGUAGACUUACAAAUUUACAUUUUCAAAAUAGUGUAAAUGCCCGGGCUUUUCAACCUGUACAGUUUUGCAUUUGCUGAUUUGCCUUGUCUGCUUCUCUUUUCUGCACAUAGAGAAGCAGGGCUGCUGCUUGAUCAGCCCAUCUACUACUUGCUAUGCCGGCAGAGGUUUCCUCUUUGCUGUUCAUUCCUCUUCCUGCUUACAGUGGUAGGAAAGAAAGUAUAAAUAAGCUCCAAGAAUAUGAGUGGGAAGCCUUAGGAAAGGAGUAGGGAGCACUGCAAGAAAAUGAGGUUCCACCCGGCUCCUAGCAAGCCCUACUUCGAGUCUUUUAUAAAUUCAUACUGUUGUGGGAGAAAAGGGAUGCCAGGCAAAAGGAUUCUGAAAGCAAUUCCCCUUUCUGCAUCUAUAGUUUCAGUAUGUUACAAAAAUUAAAGCUGCUGCUGGGAUGCAGCUGGAUGUGGGAGCAGUUGUCACUAGUGUGCCCAUAUCCUAAUGGCAGAAGUUCAGUUGUUGCUUUUAAUAGGGUAAAUUUCUAGCCUCUCUAGAGCCAUCUAGGAAGCAAAGUACCUCCAAGCAUUGGCUGAGCAGCAAUUAGUGCUUCUGAUGAUUAACCACAAUAUAAAGUCAACAGGCAAGAGAGGUAAUGAUACUUUCAGCAUUGUAUACAAGAUAAACAGGAAGAGAAGUUUGGGGAUGGGCAGAAUGGGUGGCACUACAGCACAGAUGCCCCAAUUCUUUUGGGCUGAGGACUGUCCUUGGGUUUGGAGUGACUACUGGGGCCACAUUCCAAAAAACAAGGGGGGGGCAGAAACUAAAUUUAAUUGAAUUUACAUAUUUUGAAUUAUAUUUAAGAGCAAUCCGAAUUAAAUCAAUUUUUUUGUUAUACAGUUAGCAUGGUAGCCUUCUGUGUGUGUGAUACAUUUUUCCGUUCAGUCACAUCAGAAUUAUCAUUUCUAUGGCAGUUUGCAGGGUCCGUGUGCUACAAACAGUCCUGGGGAUUCGGGUUCUGCACAUACAGGGAGCAUCUGUGACAAAGACAGAAGGGCAACGACAAAUAUAUUUUGUGUGUUUACGUGUGUGAGUCAGUGUGGUCGAAAGUAAUGGGGGUAUGGGGACGAUUUGGGAACGAGACAGAUGUUUAUGGCCAAUCAGUUAAAUGCCUUUCAAUAAAAUAUGUACAGGAUA